AUGGGGGGCGAUGAAGAGUGGAGGGCACAGAGGGCAGCCCUGUCACGUGCACCUGUUAGCUCUCACCACGGACCAGGUCUGAGAGACUUUCAUCACUGCACCGAGCUACGGACAACUCACAACCAAGGACUGCAGUGUGGGGGGACCCCUCUGAAGAUGUACGGCCUGUAUCUGGAAGCAGUGAAUGACUACAUUAAUGAGUCCUACGGAGAGGACGUGUGGAGGCUGAUUGAGAACCGAGCCGAGAUCCCUCACCUCAAGUUUGUACGGCACCAGAUGUACAAUGAUAACCUGAUAUUGCGGUUGGCGAAGGCCGCAGGAGAGGUGCUGGGGAAGACACACGAUGAGCUCAUGUACGCCUUUGGAGUGUACAUGGUCAAGAGGAUCGGCAACUACGGAUAUGAACGCAUCCUCAAGGUGUUGGGGAGGAAUGUGCGAGACUUUAUCAAUGAGCUGGAUAACCUGCAUGAGUACUUCCGCUUCUCCUUCCCCAAAGUUCAGCCGCCCAGCUUCUGUGUGGAGGAGGAGUGUGAGACCAGCCUCACGCUGCACUACCGAAGUACCCGCAAGGGCUUCACACAGUUCGUCAAAGGUCAGCUGUCUCAAGUUGGCCGACAGUUCUACAACACAGACAUAGAAGUAGAGAUCCUCUCCAAAGAGGAAACAGAGAAAAUGACCUAUGUGGUGUAUAAGAUGAACUUUGACAACGCUGCCUUCAAACACCGGAUGCCUCAGCAGAAGACAGCUCCGAGCUACGAGAAGCUGCCCAUGAAGAGGGGCAUCUUCUUUGACAUGUUCCCCUUCAGCGUGAUCUUCAGGAGGGACAUGACCAUGUAUCGCAUUGGGGACGGCCUCAAGGAGGUCUUUUCUGACCUGCAGGGCAAAAAGGUCAACGAGGAGUUCACCCUAGUCAGACCCAUGCUCGAGUUCAGCUGGGACAAUAUCUACACUCAUCUAAAUAAUGUGUUUGAGCUGUUGUCCAAAGCUGUGGUAGAGAGUAAACAGAAGGUGAACAUCCCCAAACUGAGUAAAGAGGAGCCAGAGGAGAAGGAGGAGAACGAGAAGGCCAAAAGGGAGGAAGAGAGAGAUUCCAAGGCAGUGGAGGAGAUGAAGGGCACAGACCAGGAGUACAGCAGUGCUCUGACCCAGUACAACAGCUCUGCUAACUCUGGAGGAGAGGACAUCGAGCUGCUGGCCUUCCAGACAGUCACCGGUAAGUGCAGUGAGACCAUCUUUGAGGACAUGCGGGAGCCUCCAAAGAAGCCUCUGCACCUGAAGGGACAAAUGAAGUAUGUCCCCCAGUGGGACUCUCUCAUCUUCCUGGGGACACCCAUUAUUGAGACGGUGGAGGACAUGAUAAAGAUGGGCGUUUAUGUGAAUGACCUGAACCUGCACGACUCCAGCAGAGAGCUCAUUCUGGCCGGAACUCAGCAGUCGGCCGAGCUGCAGCUGGCUCUUGAUCAGGAGCAGCAAAAGUACGCCCAGCUGCAAGAGAUUAUCAAGAAGCUGGACGAGGAGAAGAAAAGGGGCGACUCCCUGCUGUACGCCAUGAUCCCCAAAGCUGUGGCCGACCGCCUGCGGAAGGGCAUCACAGCGCUGGAGACAUGCCAGGUGUUCCCGGACGUGACCAUCUUGUUCAGCGACGUGGUCAAGUUCAAUGAGAUCUGCAUCCACAUCACGCCUAUGCAGGUGGUGGACAUGCUCAACGAGAUCUACAUCGUCUUUGACACCCUGAGCGAAAAACACAACGUAUACAAGGUUGAGACAAUCCGUGAUGCCUACAUGGUGGUGGCGGGCGUUCCCAAUAAGACCACGUUCCACGCCCACCACAUCUGUGACAUGGCUCUGGACAUGCUCAGCUCCAUCGACCAUCUCAAGGACCCCUCCACCGGGGACAACAUCCAGAUCCGAGUGGGGAUCCACUCGGGGAUGGUGGUGGCUGGUGUGGUGGGGCUGAAGAUGCCGCGUUACUGCCUGUUUGGAGAUACAGUCAACACAGCCUCGCGGAUGGAGAGCAAUGGAGUGGGCAUGCAGAUCCACAUCAGUCAGACCACCAAAGACCACCUGGAGCACGAGCCGUACAUUAUCGAGGAGAGGGGUAAAAUAUUUGUCAAGGGCAAAGGCUACAUGAAGACAUACUGGCUGAAGGGGAAGAAGGACCUGUCAUUUAAGACGCCUGCCGAGCUCCGCUACAGCAGUGAGCAGAAGGAGGAGGACCUGAGCUCCACCGGCUCUACCAGCACCAAUGCCAAGCGCAUGGCCUCUAACAUUCACAUCACCAGCAGUGAGGAGCAAGCAGAAGGCAAGCCCAGCCCCAGCGACAUGCCCAUGGAUGCGCUCUCACCACCAGAGGGCGCCAACGAGCAGCGCACCUUGUCCGCCGAACCCCCAGAGAAGGAGAAGGGAGCCAAAAAGACUAAAAACAACAAGGGGGGAAAGCAGGAAGCGCCAGAGGGUAACGCUGCGACCGAGACAACGCCCCCUGCUGACGGCUUGGAGAUUCCCGGGCCGUUGAUCAACAACAAGAGGAAUAGUUUUAGGGAGUACACCAAGCUGCCCACAAACCUGCCCAUGCGUAGCACCUCCUGUGUGAUUCUGUGA